CAAUCGAGUAGGUUAUUUUGGAUUAGCUCCUGGGAUUUCGUGUUGUUUUACUCUCUUUCAAACAGUAGACUUUUCAACCAUUUUUGCUCGUGCUAGUGCCCCCAGAAAUUCUUUGAUUUCUUGCACGUGUUAUAUUUUUUUAAAGGCUCGGAGCAAACGAAGGAUGCGAUGUGGGAUCGUAUCGAGGAGAAGUUCUUCAUGGCGAUGAACAAGGACGACUCCUACCGUACCCGGGACCAACUCACUUCCAAAUGGAGCCACAUCAACCGUAAAGUCCGAAAGUUUAUCGGAGUUUACGAGGAAUGCUCCCGGUCCCGGAGGAGCGGGACGAACAACGCCGAUGUUCUCCGGCUUGCCACGACCCGGUAUCAAGAUGACGGGCACCAAGGCAAGGUGCCCAUCGAUCUUUGGAGGAUUUUGACCCGUUCCCCGAAGUGGCAACAACUCAACAAUCCCGAUGGCGGAUCGUUCCGGAAAAGAUCCUCCGUUGACGCCGAGGUUGAGGUCGACGAGACUAUCGGUUCAUCCGAUCAAAUCCCUCCCUUCAACGUUGCGGAUUCCGAUGACGAGGACCCUAUUCCACGGCCGAUCGGAAGAAAGAAGGCAAAAUUCAUUGCCUCGGGUUCAGGAGGGUCCGGCUCUGUUUCCGUUUCUUCUCGCGACGAAAUCGGCCGGGCAAUGGUUGAACAACUUCGGGUGUUCAAUCUCCAAGAAGAGAGGUUGAAGCUAAAGGAGAAGGAGUUGAAGCUAAAGGAGCAGGAGGACGAGAUCAAAGUCAUGGAAACCGACCUUUCUACGUUGUCGGGUUUCAGACGAAUGAUCUACGAGCAAAGAAUAAGAGAGAUCAAGGCGAAAUAUAAUUUACCUUAGUUUUUUUAUUAAUGUAUCUUUUUUUAAUUAUUGUCGCUUUUUUUAUUUAACGAAUGUAAUUUUUUAAAUUUUAAAUUAUUGUCGUUUCAAUUUCUUUAAAUUUAAUGAAUGUAUUUUUUUUAUUAUUUGUUUUUCAAGAUAAUUAAAUAAUAAAUUAAUUACAUUUUAUUAAUAUAAUUUUAGAAGAUGUAUAUUUAAAAAUGUAAAAAAUGAAGGUUUGAAGCCCCGGGGCUUCAAACCCAUUUUCAGUAAAUUUUUGGUAUAAGU